AUGGAUGGGAGUCUAGGGGAGAUGUCCCUCCACAGCCACUCUGACCUGGCUCACAGUCAGGACCACGGCAGGGCCAUGCUGCACUCGCGGGACCUCUCAGCUGCGUUCCCCAGGCCUUCCCUCGGGGGCCCCUCCAUGUCUCUGGAGCCCGAGCCCCGUCCGUCCGGCUUCGACCACUCCAUGUCGGCGCUGGGCUACAGCGGCGACUCCCCGUCCGGCGCCGGCAGCACCUACACCACCCUGACCCCCCUGCAGCCCUUUGACGACAAGUUCCACCACCACCACCACCAUCACCACCCCUGCCUGCCCGUCAGCAACGUCAUCGGCAGCUUCACCCUCAUGCGCGAGGACCGAGGCCUCGGCACCAACUUCUACAACCCCUACGGCAAGGACCUGGCCAUGUCCCAAAGCCUGUCCCCCCCCUCCGCCGGUUCGGGCCUGGCCUCCUCCAUGCACGGCUACGGCAGCUUGGGCAACAGUCCCAACGGCAACGGCGGCCAAAUGCUCCACGCCGGCUACGACGUACACGGGGGCAGCCUCUUCUGCCGGACGUCCGAUUUCGGCCGCGAGAUGUCGCCGCCGGGCCUGGGGGGAGGCGACAUGUCAGUGGGGCAUCAGCUGAACAAAAUGGAGGCUCACCAGCACGCCCAAACCAGCCACCACGCUCACCUCUACAGCCAGCACUACCAGCCCCACCAUCACCCGAACCAGCAGACCUCCAAGAUGGGCGAGCACCUGCUCUCCUCUUCGUCCGGCUUGUCCUCGCCCGGCGAGGGCAUGCUGGCGGGCUCGCAUGGCGGCGGCGGUGGCGGCGGCGGCAGCGGCGGGGAGGAGAUCAACACCAGGGACGUGGCCCAGCGGAUCAUCACCGAGCUGAAGAAGUACAGCAUCCCCCAGGCCAUCUUCGCCGAGAGGGUCCUGUGUCGGUCACAGGGCACACUGUCUGACCUCCUGAGGAACCCCAAGCCGUGGGGCAAGCUCAAGUCCGGCCGGGAGACCUUUAAGAGGAUGUCCCGCUGGCUGCAGGAGCCCGAGUUUCAAAGAAUGGCCUCGCUCCGGCUGGAGGCCUGCAAGCGGAAGGAGCAGGAGCAGAGCAAGCUGGAGCGCAACCAGGGCCCGAAGCGCACCAGGCUGGUGUUCACGGACCUGCAGCGGCGUACGCUCUUGGCCAUCUUCAGGGAGAACCACCGCCCGACCAAAGACCUGCAGGUCACCAUCUCCCAGCAGCUGGGCCUGGAGCUGUCCACGGUCAGCAACUUCUUCAUGAACGCCCGCCGACGCAACGUCAACAAGUGGGCCGACGAGGGCCGGCCCUCCUCCACGGGCUCCUCGGGCUCCAGCGUCUCCUCCUCCGCAGUGUCCUGCAGCACGGCAUGA